AGUUUUAUAACAGAUCACAAAGAAUUUAGAGUCUGGAACGUGUUAUGCCUCCGUUCCUAUAGGUGGCGCUGUUUGCCUUUGAACGCCUUCCGUUUCCUGAGCUUCCACUGUUCUAACAAGAUGGCGUCCGGUAGUGGGUCCAGUAAAAAUGACUUCCGUCGUAAGUGGGACAAAGAUGAGUACGAGAACUUGGCCGAGAAACGUCUGGCUGAGGAGCGAGACAAAGAGAGGAGAGAUGGAAAAACAGCUCCUCCCGUCAAGCGGGACCUUCUGCGUCACAGGGACUACAAAGUGGACCUGGAGUCCAAGCUGGGAAAAACCAUUGUCAUCACAAAGACCACGCCCCAGGCUGAGAUGGGGGGUUACUACUGUAACGUUUGUGACUGCGUCGUCAAAGACUCCAUCAACUUCCUGGAUCACAUCAACGGAAAGAAACACCAGAGGAACCUGGGCAUGUCCAUGCGGGUGGAGCGAUCAUCUCUGGACCAAGUGAAGAAACGCUUCGAAGUCAACAAGAAGAAACUGGAGGAGAGGCAGAAGGAGUAUGACUUUGAGGAGCGGAUGAAGGAGCUGCGGGAGGAGGAAAGGAAGGCGAAGGCGUACAAGAAGGAGAAGCAGAAGGAGAGGAAGCGUCGAGCUGAGGAUGACGUCGACCUGGAGGAUGAUGACGAGAUGGCGGCAGUGAUGGGUUUCUCUGGGUUUGGGUCGUCUAAGAAGAGUCACUGAACUGCGGUGGAACACCAAGACUGUGACCAGAGGGUGGAGCCACUGAGAACUGGGACCACCUACACUCUCUGGAAGUUUUGUUCAGAAAUUUCAGCGGGCUCUUAUUUUGGAAGUGUGACUGUUGAGAUGAUGUUUCCUGUGAAGCUGCUGAACAGAAGGUUGUUGUGCAUGUGCAUGAAAACAAACAGAAAAAGAAAAUCUGAAAAGUUUGGACUUUUACUGUGGCUGGUGAGGCGUUCAAGUUCCUGCACAUAAAAUGAGACGUUUUUCUACUUUUUGUCACACAAGGAUCACAUCCUAAACCAGGUAACAGGAUAUCAGUUGUUCUUUUUAUCCUCUUUGUUUUUGGAUUUGUUUUAAUAAACUUUUUGUUGACCUUUUAA